AAUCCCAACGGGAAUGUAACCCAAACCGGAAGUGGCCUAGAGAGGCCAUUUCGCUUCUGUUGUUAAAUGGAUCUAAGCCUGUGCGGCUUACGGAAUGCUGAAGUGAUUGGGAAUAUUAGCAGUGGGGGUUCUGUAGAGUCAGGGAGGGGAAGCCGGCUUUGGGUGAGUGAUGAGGGGCUUGUUGCGGGGGGGGCGGUGCGUGAUAAAGGGAUUUCUCGGCUGAAGACCGGGCUGUGAGGCUUCUGCAGAAUCCCUGGGUCAGACCACCUCAUUGAGGCUGCAGGAUCUCUCUUCAUAGCCCAGCACGCCUCUCCACAGUGUCCCUGGUUGGAGAAUCCAAACACGUAUCCAGCUUCUGGCCCCUGGGAAAAGUGGAGUUGUCAGCAAGAGAGACUGAGAGUAGAAGUCCAGAGCGGAGAUGCCUGCUGAUGUGAAUUUAUCCCAGAAGCCUCAGGUCCUGGGUCCAGAGGAGCAGGAUGGAUCUUGCGAGGCAUCACUGUCGUUUGAGGACGUGACCGUGGACUUCAGCAGGGAGGAGUGGCAGCAACUGGACCCUGCCCAGAGACGCCUGUACCAGGACGUGACGUUGGAGCUCUAUAGCCACCUCUUCUCAGUGGGGUAUCACAUUCCCAACCUAGACGUCAUCUUCAGAAUGCUAAAAGAAAAGGAACCAUGUGUGGAGGAGGCUGAACUCUCACAUCAGAGGUAUCAAGAAGGGGAGUUUGGGCUUGAAAUCCCACAAAAGGAGAUUUCUAAGAAAGCUUCAUUUCAAAAGGAUAUGGUAGGUGAGUUCACAAGAGAUGGUUCAUGGUGUUCCAUUUUAGAAGAACUGAGGCUGGAUACAGACCGUACAAAGAAAGAUAAGCAAAAUCAAACUCAGCCCAUGAGUCACAGUGCUUUCUUCAACAAGCAAACAUUGAACACAGAAAGCAAUUGUGAAUAUAAGGACCCUGGGAAGAUGAUUCACACGAGGCCCCACCUUGCUUCUUCACAGGAACAACCUCAGAAAUGUUGCUUAUUUACAAAAAGUUUGAAGCUGAACCUAGAAGUGAGUGGUCAGAAUGAAAACAAUGACACAAAACCGCUUGACGACGUUGUUGGGUCUGGUCAGCUAUUCAGCCGUAGCUCUUCCCACGCUUGCAGCAAGAAUAUCCACACAGGAGAGACAUUCUGCAAAGGUAAUCAGUGUAGAAAAGUCUGUGGCCAUAAACAGUCACUCACGCAACAUCAAAUUCAUACUCGGAAGAAACCAGAUGGAUGUUCUGAAUGUGGGAGGGACUUCACCCCAAAAUCACACCUCUUUGCCCAGCAGAGAAUUCAUAGUGUAGGAAACCUCCAUGAAUGUGGCAGAUGUGGAAAAGCCUUCACGCCACAACUGAAACUCAGUGUAUAUCUGACAGAUCAUACAGGUGAUAUACCCUAUAUAUGCAAGGAAUGUGGGAAGGUCUUUAUUCAGAGAUCAGAAUUGGUUACACACCAGAAAACACACACUAGAAAGAAGCCCUAUGAAUGCCAUGACUGUGGAAAAGCCUUUUUCCAGAUGUUAUCUCUCUUCAGACAUCAGAGAACUCACAGUAGAGAAAAACUCUAUGAAUGCAGUGAAUGUGGCAAAGGCUUCUCCCAAAACUCAACCCUCAUUAUACAUCAGAAAAUUCAUACUGGUGAGAGACAGUAUGCAUGCAGCGAAUGUGGGAAAGCCUUUACCCAGAAGUCAACACUCAGCUUGCACCAGAGAAUCCACUCAGGGCAGAAGUCCUAUGUGUGUAUCGAAUGCGGGCAGGCCUUCAUCCAGAAGGCACACCUGAUUGUCCAUCAAAGAAGCCACACGGGAGAAAAACCUUAUCAGUGCCACAACUGUGGGAAAUCCUUCAUUUCCAAGUCACAGCUUGAUAUACAUCAUCGAAUUCAUACAGGGGAGAAACCUUAUGAAUGCAGUGACUGUGGAAAAACCUUCACCCAAAAGUCACACCUGAAUAUACACCAGAAAAUUCAUACUGGAGAAAGACACCAUGUAUGUGGUGAAUGUGGGAAAGCCUUCAACCAGAAGUCAAUACUCAGCAUGCAUCAGAGAAUCCACACCGGAGAGAAGCCUUACAAAUGCAGUGAAUGUGGGAAAGCCUUCACUUCGAAGUCUCAAUUCAGAGAGCAUCAGCGAAUUCACACGGGUGAGAAACCCUAUGUGUGCACUGAAUGUGGGAAGGCCUUCAACGGCAGGUCGAAUUUCCAUAAACAUCAGGUAACACACACUAGAGAGAGGCCUUUUGUCUGCUCCAAAUGUGGGAAGGCUUUUGUCCAGAAAUCAGAGUUGAUUACCCAUCAAAGAACUCACAUGGGAGAGAAACCUUAUGAAUGCCUCGACUGUGGGAAAUCGUUCAGUAAGAAACCACAACUCAAGGUGCAUCAGCGAAUUCACACGGGAGAAAGACCUUAUGUGUGUUCUGAAUGUGGAAAGGCCUUCAACAACAGGUCAAACUUCAAUAAACACCAAACAACUCAUACCAGAGACAAAUCUUACAAAUGCAGUUAUUCUGUGAAAGGCUUUACCAAGCAAUGAAAUCCUAGUGCAUCAGCAUAUUCAUAAAUGAAAUAUACUCCCUGAGUUUCUUGAAGAAGAGAAAAUCUCAGAAUCAGGUCUAAUUGUAUGUUAUUGAAUUCA